AGGGUCCCCAGCGAAUUGUUCAAUCGAUAGGAAAAAUUGCUCGAGUGAGGAAUAUCAAGCAACAGGAACAUGCAGCACAUCGAGUGCAGCUGACUUGAAGCAAGAAGGUAGCAAAAUGAGCGACAGCAGCAAGCGUAAGCGGAAAAGGACGCGCCCACCAUUUUCUCCGAGUACCAGCUCUACAUGUUGUUCUCAGAACGGGGGCGGGCCUACGCCAUUGCCACUAAACUCUCUGGACCUGUGGAACUCUGCAGGUUUUGACGAAUCAUGCAAACCUGUCGGCUACUUCUCUAACCAAGACUUUCCCGAGCCAGAUUGUUCUUGGAGUGAAACCAAUGAGCAGCAGUUCAUGAGAGGGGUGUUUCCUGAACUUGCGAAGAAAAACAGCGUGUGGGCCAGGUCGAGAACGGCUUUCACGCAAGACAGCUUCGGCUUUUUUCAGAGCCCACUUGCAGUGCCCACUGAAGCAAGGCCCGAUGGGCUUGGUGCUUACUAUGAAAGGGCAGCUGUGCAAAAGAAAAGCCUUUGGUCUGCACCAAACAUUUCGUGCUCUCAGUGUCCCGAAAAUACCAAGGGAGUUUGGCUAACAAAAAACAGCAAGUAUAAAGCAGCAAGUGCUUUAAAGUGUGGGAGCGGUUUACAGUUGGAAAGUUCAGACGUUGCAAAGCAUUUUGAGGCAUCUCAAGUCGAAGCAGUUUUACCGGCGACGGGAGAUGCGGCGCCAGUAGGCCGUGAAACUCUGGAAAACCUCGGAGUUGAAAAUGAACCUUGUGAAUUGCGAAGAAAUAAUGCACGUACGUCAAAAGCCUCAUUAGUGAGUGACUCUCGUCUUGACACCGUAAAACUCAAGAAAACGUUUUGGCACGUUCCCGGGAGAUCUUUGAACAAAAACACUCGGCACGACAAAAGUACAGUAGCUCUGUUGAAAGUUGCUAAAGAAAAAUCACUUCCUAAAGCACCUUCAACUAGUGCAGAGCUCUUGGAGAGGACGGGUGAGGAGAAUAUUACAUGGAUCGAGUCACUCUGGAGGCAAAGGAAGUCCGCACUCAUAACUGCUUCAGCACUGAGGUGCAGAAAAGCUCCAAGUCCCAGCCUCAAGGUCUCAAAACCACCUGUGCUUGGAAAGAAAAACGAGGCACCCCUUCAACCACCUAAAGGUGGUCUUCAACACGAAGCAAAGGAUGUCAUUGUACAGACUAUGUAA